AUGACAAAAAUGAAGAUUCUUAUUCUAUUCCUAUGUCUUCUUUCUGCUCUUCCAACGAAUUCUAAAAGAUUGACGCCGAGGGAGAACAAAAUUCUAAAAGCGAAUUGUGGAAGAUAUGUGGAAGGGUUCACUUCACUGUCUGGAAAACGAAAAGAGACUUCUGAGGAAUGGAAAGCGCUUUAUGGGAAGGAAGUGAGCAUUGGAGAGGCUCCAUGGGCGGUUUCGUUGACGAUGAAGAAGCGGACAGUGUCCGGGAAACGAGUCGAGGAUCAGUUUGUGCAGCACGGAACCGGCACACUAAUCUCUCCUUGGCACAUUGUCACCGCUGCUCAUCUCGUCGGAAUCACUGAGGAUCCACUUCCAAACUGUGAAACCGGCGAACUGAACGACGCGAAAUUCUUGAGAGAUUUCAAAGAUUUCGUUGCUUUUGUCAAUGUGACAUGCGCGGUUCCAGAGAUGUGCAAGGAUCUGAGACGAGGGGAUCAGUUCAAGGCGUUUGCGGUUGAAUCGCUCUACAUCCGUAAAGGAUACGUUGGAGAUGGAUGUGAGGAUCGAGAGUCGUUCAACGAUAUUGCAGUUUUUGAGCUCAAAGAGCCCAUCGAAUUUUCCAGGAACAUCUUCCCGGUUUGUAUUCCACAAAAAGCAAAGAUUCCAGUUAUGGGAGCAAAGGGAUACAAGUUAUAUGGCUAUGGAAGAGAUCCAUCCGACAAAAUUCUAGAAUCUGGAAAGCUGAAAACGUUGGUGAGCACCGUUACCGAGUGCUCUGACGAGUUUCCAUAUGAAGGAGUUUUCUGUACAGCUGCUGAGAAUCGCGGAUUGUCUUGUGAUGGCGACAGUGGGUCCGGUGUGGUCCGCACUUCUGAAACACGAAACGUCGAAGAGCUCGUCGGUGUGCUCUCAGCUGGAAUGCCUUGUCCAGAACUCUACGAUGCACAUCUCCUUCAACGAAAAUAUCGAAGAACGUUGACUCAAGAAACCGAUCUUCUGAUUGAUGUCUCAUCGCAUUUGGAAUUCUUUUGCAAGUGCUGUGGAAUUUGCACCAAGUGA